GAUCCAUUUAUUUGUUUCACAAGGACAAACGACCGGGAUGUUGCAUACCCGGAUUUGAACAUCGAAGCUCGUUUCAAUAUUUCUUAUAGCCUAAGACAGUGGAAUCUUCUCAUCAAUCCAUCGAGAAAAAGGAGAGAUAUUGCUAUUUAGACAUCAAGUUGUAAAUUAUUUCGUAUCUUUCUUGUUUUCAAUUUUACCUAGACUAAGACCUUAAGCUAUCAAAUGUUUAGGUAUAUGAGUGGAAACCCCAAGUUCAAAAUUGUGCAAUAAAGGAACAGGAACAUUUGGCGAUUUAAAGCUAGAGAACAGUAAAUGAUUGAAGUUGAAAUCUUAGUCUCUGGUUACUGAUUGCUUUUCAAGCUAUUCAUACCUUUGCCUUGGGUUGAAUUCAGUUUGCUUGUUCGUUUUUAUUCACCUUAAUUCUAAUAGCAUGACACAAUUAUCAACAACAUAGAUCACUGAAACGGGACCGACGACAAUAUUUUGCUUUCAGUUUUUUUUUAUUUUGCAACGCCUCUUCCGUACAAUUUUUACUUCUACAAGUUUAAGACAACAUUUCAUGAUUGCUCUGUUGUGGUUCCAAAAUUUCCAAUCAAAGACUGUUUUUCAUGCCACCUUACCUAUCCGAUAAUCUGAUUGUACUGAUACAGUGCUGCUUCUUCGUUUGUUUCGAUUCGAUAACGCUUUGAAACCAAUGCGAGAAAGUAGAUGAAACCGAUAUGGUUGAUGCUGUUUUGCGAGUGCUAGAAUGUACGAAGGGUUGCUAUUUUUGGUGCUCUGGUGUGAUGUUCGAUUGAAAGGGUAAACAUGAUCCUAUGUAUCAAUGCAGCCCUAAAAAGAGGGAAUGUAAACCUUUUUCAACAGAAGUGAACAUUUUCGCGUAUCUCAUAUCGUUUCAGUAUCUGUUACUGAUUUCAUUAGCAUGGUGUUUUUUUCAUUGACGAAUAGCAUUGGAGAGUGGCUUUAGAUUUCCAUGGAUUUUGAAUCAUGAUACAUUGCAGCAUUUUAUUAUAUCACCUUCUAAUGGAGGUAACGAAUCGUAUCAUUUCGCGUCAUAUAAUGAAACAGUUUCAUAUUAAUCCAACGUCAUAAAAAACUGAAAAUCUCUGACGGCCACUGUGGCGCUUAUGCUUGGUUUGAAUUAAAGUUGUGGUGGAAAAGAGUGUUCUGUUCUAAAUGUGAAAUGUUGUUCUAAAUUGUAAUAUGCUAAAUUAUGUUUUCGGUUUGGUGUUUUUUUAUUCAAAUGAGACCGAAAGGUCACUCAACCGUAGAUCGUUUUGUUGAACGUUCAAUCGUUUUGUUCAACGAAAAAUAUCAGCAAAAAACGAUACCCCUCAGUACAGUACAAAAAGCAACAAAAAGCACGUGGUUGUGAUGAGAGUAUGCAUGAAUACGAACAGCUUGCCAAUGCCUUUGGAGUCGGGUUGUAUUUAUCAUAUUACCGCAAUGCAUCAAGUUUUUUGUACCAUAAUUGUUGACUGCCGUAGUUUGUUUACAUGUAAAUUUGUCCGAAUUGCAUUUUGUCUCAAAUUUCAUAUUUUAAAAAUUCCCUUCCAAUUUAUUCAUUUCAUUUAUUCAGACUAAGGCCGAAGUCGCCUGUGCGGUAUAUAAGAGUCUUCUCCAUUCGACUCGGUCCAUGGCUACACGUCGCCAACCACGCAGUCGGAUGGACCGCAAGUAAUCUUCCACCUGACCGAUCCACCUUGCCCGCUGCGCACCUCCUCCACGUACCGUCCGCCAUCUGCACCCCACCAUAGAUUGUACGCAGCACUUUCCUUUCCCUUCCAAUUUAAUUCAACUUUAUUCUAAAUUUCGUUAAAUUUCGACAUAUUUCCUAUCCACUCUGCCCAAAUAAUCCAAGUUACUAAUUUUGUUGUUUUGCGUAGUUUGUCAAAUUCAGUAAAUUUUCGUUGUCUUACCAACUUUUUCAAUUUCAUUCGAUCAAUACGAUCGAUAUAGCUUUUCUUUGAUUCACCAAAUUAACUCGAUUUACCCAACAACACCGAUGAUGUCAUUAAUUUGUUAAAUUUUCCCCAUUUUCGCCUAUUUGACAAAUUUACCCGAUUCGCCAUAUUUAUCAGCUUCAUCUUUUUCUUAUUGGCAUUACAACCCCCACCGGGACAUUGCCGCCUCGCUGUUUAGUGUUCAUUUAGCACAUCCACAGUUAUUAACCGCGAGGUUUUUAAGCCAAGUUGCCAUUUUUGCAUUCGUAUAUCAUGAGGCUAACACGAUGAAUACUUUUACACCCAGGGAAGCCGAAAAAUUUCCAAACCGAAAAUGCUCUAGAUUGGCAUCGCGCAUCUUACCGCUAGGCUAAGAAGGGCCAACAAUUUAUCAGCUCAAUUGACCUAUUUAUCAGUUUGUCAAAUUGAUAAAUUUAUGAAUAGGGGAACUGUACCAGUUUUGGCUAUGUUCCUAAUUUGGCCAGUUUCCCGCAUAACUCCAAAAAUAAAGCAAAUUUUGAGGGUUUCAUUAGCUCUAACAGGAGAUAUAUAUCUCAUGCUUCUUCACUGUUGAAAGUGUUCGGUAUUUUUUUUUGGAAAAUAGACAUUUUUCAGGGAUGGCCAAAUUAGGCCAAAACCGGUACACUUCCCCUAUUUCAAAAUUGUCAAAUCGUUCAAUAUUCGAUAAUUGCAGAGUUUACAGGUUGCUCAACUUUCUUAAUUUUACCAUAUUCAAAUUUAACAAUUCACAGAUGUUGUUAAAUGUGCUGAUUUGUUCAAUUUGACCAAAUCCUCAUUUUUCAAAUUUGUUAAGUAGUUCGAACUAUAGGGGAGACUGGGGAGACUUGAUUCCCGUUUCUGAUUUCCGAUGUAUCACAGCCAAAAAUAAAUAGACAUACUCGAUUUCCACACAGACUCUCUAAGAAAUAUAUGUAGUAUUAAACUAAUACUGAUGUAUGACAGUCCUUAAAUUAUUUUUGUUAUUGAUAUACAAUCGAUUUUUUGGAGUGCUGCCAAAAAUCGACUUUUUUUUGGGGAUAUUGAACUCUCUUUAAGAACUUGCUUUGAUAAAAUCAGAAAGGUGCCCUCAGAAUUUUUAAAUAUAUAAAUAUAUUUAAUCAAAGUACGCGGAAUUUUCAAAUUGCUGUGCGUAUACAUGAACGAUGUUUGUUUUUAAAUUCGCCAGAACAUGCAAUUUUAAAAUUUGGUGCCCUUUCUAUGAUAUCUACGCAAUAAAUAUUUUUUCCUUCCAGCCCUUCAUCAAAUCUGUCGAAUCUACAAAAAAUUAGAAGCCUGAGAACAGAUUUAUGUAGGGGAACUGUUCCGUUUUCCAUCUCACUGAACAUAUAUUCAUCUCAUCGCAAAACAAAGAAAUACAGCACCAAUCUCGUCGCUUCUUUUUGCUAACACGCGUGCUCACCGGCGAAAAAAAUCACAAAAAUAAGAAACAAACAAAACUCUUUUUCAUUGCUUUGUUUUUGAUGGGAUGGAAAUAGGAGCUAUGGGAUGAAGUGCCGAACCGUUCCCCUAUAUAUUUUUGAAAUUUUUCGCCAAAUUCUUGUAUGGGUGACUAAGGUGACCAUGUUGAGGAAAUAACUUCAAAUCCAAAUAUCCCAAAACUUCGAUGGAAUGUUGACAUUUUCAUCAGUACAGAUCAUUACGAAUAUUUAUGGCUUUGUGCUUUGAAAAAUCGAAAGCAUUUGGUUAUGGUUACGAAAAGUUGUUCAAACUGCCCAGCAGAAUAAAUAAGGUUGUCAAUCCAAAAAAUAAUUCACCACAUAAAAGUCAUUUGUCUAGAGGAUCUAUACUAAAAAUACGCUAGAACAGAACUACUUUAGUUCUCGAUAAAACAGGGGUGAUCAAGUCUUCCCGGGGAUCAAGUCUCCCCACCUUCCCUUACCAUUUUUGCUGUUUGGUUAAGCAUCCUUGCGAGACAGUUGUAGAUUUUUCGUACUGUUUAUUUAUCUUUAUUUUUUUUCCUAAGUAAUUGUUUCGCUAAAUUUUUCAACUUCAUCGGCAUCUAUAGUCACGCAGGUGCGGGCAUCACACCUCCCCAAGCCGACAGCUCCACCAUCAUCAUACAUCGUGCGCCUCCAUUAUCACAGACGUCGCCUCCACGAUAGGGGCCGCCCAGUUACGGUGCUGACCACGGUGCGAAUUGUGAGUGGGUCUACGAACCCAUGUUGGUACCGGUCGACUAUCAGUGUCGGUUGACGGAGUGCAAAAAUUGUCUUUUCGUCGCAUCUAGUAGCCACUGUCGAUCGUCAACACGCGCGGUUGAAAAUGGAGUUGGCCGAAAACUUUUGCCAAUCCUGCGUAUGCAGGGCGUGUAUGGACCGCUACCACAAAACCCCUUGCUCCUUCGCUAGUUGUGGGUUCUAGACCAUCAAGACCCUAUCGCUGUUCCUCCUCCAAUGAUUAUCAACCUUAACUCCGUCAAAUAAACCGCAGGUACAGCACCCUCGACUUCCAGUGGAACUAAUAUGUGGAAUAAUCUCCAAUAUCUCCAUAGAAUAUUCAAAUCUCUGUCUUCGACGACAUUGAUUCUCGGUGACAUCAAUGACUACCACCAGGCCUGAGGUAACCGCUCCGUCAAUCUCAGAGAAAAUAUAGUGUUAAGCGCAGCUACAGAGUCUGGCCUUAUCGUCCCGAACGAUGGCUUACCAUACCCACUUAUGCCCCCCCAGAAAAUUUCAAAAGUAUCAGUAUUUUCAUGUAUCACACGGCACGGCACGGCAAAUGCUGGGUAAAGCGUACCAUUGGUACUUCGCGUACCUGAAGGAAUAAAAUAGACCCCAUCUCGCGGUCCUUAGCCUCUUACGCAGCAACUCCUAUCCCUACCUCCCCGCGGUGCUGGCCGGGAUACGAGCAACCUUAGGGAAGAUCGGGUAACCAACCCCGGUGGGAACUAUGGUCGUAUGCUGACAGGGAAGGGGGGUUUGCUCCUCUCCGGAGGUGCAAAUCUUAUUGAGCGUCUGUUCUCCAUGUCAGGAUCGGCUCACAACAGCGUCUGUUCUCCAUGUUAGGGGCGGCUGAUCAUCGUCCGAGUGCCAGCGAGGGACUCUAAGUGAAACUGUGCACCAUGGUCCACCGGAAAUAAGGAGGAAUGGUCCUCCGGAAAUUUAGGGGGUUUGGUGUCAGGCCCUGCAAGCCAGCCUUUAAAAAAUCAUAAGCAACGAACAAUCAACAAGAGAGUACGGACCGGAACCAUCGGCGAAGACCACUGGGACGAAAAUGGACUAGCGAUUGGAAACUCGGUUCGUGGAACUGCAAAUCUCUCAACUUCAUCGGGAGCACACGCAUACUCGCCGAUGUGCUCAAGGACCGUGGAUUCGGCAUCGUAGCGCUGCAGGAGGUUUGUUGGAAGGGAUCAAUGGUGCGAACGUUUAGAGGUAAUCAUACCAUCUACCAGAGCUGCGGCAACACACACGAGCUGGGAACAGCUUUCAUAGUGAUGGGCGAUAUGCAAAGGCGCGUGAUCGGGUGGUGGCCGAUCAAUGAAAGAAUGUGCAGGAUGAGUAUCAAAGGACGGUUCUUCAACUUCAGCAUAAUCAACGUCCAUAGCCCACACUCCGGAAGCACUGAUGAUGAUAAGGACGCAUUCUACGCGCAGCUGGAACGUGAGUACGACAGCUGCCCAAGCCACGACGUCAAAAUCAUCAUAGGAGAUUCAAACGCUCAGGUUGGCCAAGAGGAGGAGUUUAGACCGACUAUUGGAAAGUUCAGCGCUCACCGGCUGACGAACGAAAACGGCAUACGACUAAUUGAUUUUGCCGCCUCCAAGAAUAUGGCCAUUCGUAGCACCUACUUCCAACACAGCCUCCCGUAUCGGUACACCUGGAGAUCACCACUGCAGACAGAAUCACAAAUCGACCACGUUCUGAUUGAUGGACGGCACUUUUCCGACAUUAUCGACGUCAGGACAUAUCGUGGCGCUAACAUCGACUCGGACCACUAUCUGGUGAUGGUUAAACUGCGCCCAAAACUAUCCGUCAUCAACAAUGUUCGGUACCGACGACCGCCGCGGUACGACCUAGAGCGACUGAAGCAACCUGAUGUCGCCACUGCAUACGCGCAGCAUCUCGAGGCAGCGUUGCCGGAAGAGGGUGAGCUCGAUGGGGCCCCUCUUGAGGACUGCUGGAGUACAGUUAAAGCAGCCAUUAACGACGCAGCGGAGAACAACGUCGGGUAUAUGGGUCGAAGUCGACGGAACGAUUGGUUCGACGAAGAGUGCAGACAGAUUCUGGAGGAGAAGGACGCAGCGCGGGCUGUCGCGCUGCAGCAAGGUACCCGGCAGAACGUGGAACGUUAUAGACGGAAGCGGAGACAGCAGACCCGCCUUUUUCAGGAGAAGAAACGCCGCCUGGAAGAAGCGGAGUGCGAGGAGAUGGAACAGCUGUGCCGUUCUCAAGAUACACGCAAGUUCUAUCAGAAGCUCAACGCAUCCCGCAAAGGCUUCGUGCCGCGAGCCGAAAUGUGCCGGGAUAAGGAUGGGAGCAUCUUGACGGACGAACGUGUGGUGAUCGAAAGGUGGAAGCAGCACUACGAGGAACAUCUGAAUGGCGCUGAGAGUACAGGCAGUGAAAGUCAAGGCAGCGGAGGAGAUGACUACGUCAGUUCAGCGGACGAUGGAAGCCAACCAGCCCCCACCUUGAGGGAAGUUAAGGAUGCCAUUCAACAGCUAAAGACCAAUAAAGCAACCCCAUAA